AUUGCACCCAAGAACAUAACAGGCCAUCGCAUCUUUCAUCCGAUUGGACGUGCCAAUGCCAAUGCUCUUCUCUCCAAGUAUCAGAGUGCAACACGACAGCUGAGAAACCCAACAGCAUGACCCGGUGGAUCAUCCUCACGCAUGUUGUGCGUUGCGUCCGCGUGCGAGCUUGCGAAUGGCCCGCCAGAGACAAACUCGGUGCUGGUAGCGGUCGAUGGAACACGCUCAGCGACAAACCACAACCCUCCCAAUAUGUGGACGCCUGCCGCCCAUAGUACCUCAAGCUACGGAUACUCACUGGAGCACUGUCCUAAUAAGAGACCCCAGAAGAAAUAUCAAAGACCAUCACCACGCACAUGGUACCCAAGCAUGUGUGUAACGACGUUGCAACUUUACCGUUGCAUUCGCAUCCAAUCCGGAUCAGUGGACGGCCGGCCGGCCAUGAGCUCUGCGAUUGGGAUAGCAGCAAAUAGCAAUACUCCGUACUCCGUAUACACAGUAAAUAUACCGGCUAUACCACUUGUGUCCAACCGCAUAACAAGCCUUUCCUCGCGACGACACAACUUGCACAAAGAUAGCCAAGUGCAACAAGCGGAAGUCAAUACUUCGUACUCAAAAGGACCCUUUCGUCUUUUCGCCCUGCUUAUAUGAUGCUCGCCGACCCUUCGCCGUCUUCGCCAUCUUGGACCUGGUUUCCCUGACUCUCCAAGCUGCCCUACGGCAGGGGAAUUAAUUAUCUCCAUCCGACGGACAAUCAGCGAGAGAGGUGCCAAAACCACAAACCCCCCACCAUUGGCACUGAAGUCGACACGACAUCCCGGUCACAGCAGAAUGGCCCAAGGAGUCCCGCUUCGCGCGCGCCCGGCGCAUCCAUCCCGAGCUCGGCCUGAUGUAGCUUAGACCGGCUGUGGCGUCGUGAGCAGCGCACUGUUAGUCGAGCUUGCAGGGGUCUCGACGAACAUCCAAAUCAAACGCAGCAUGCGGACGGACCGACAGAAGUGCCCGAGAACGAACCAACGAUGCGGCUGUGUGAGUGGAUGAGCAGACGCGGCGUCCGUCAAUCUCAAUUUUGCGUUCCUCCCGCCGCCGUGUCGAAAUGACUGAGAGUCUGUCAAUCCCAUCAAUGCUGUCUAAGUGGCAGGCAUCGCGGCGGCAGCCAAAUGUUUAUUACCGCCGCCAACUCCAUCCUUCUUCUUCUUCUUCAUGAUCAUAGUCACUCCUUCAUCUUUUGUUCUCCGUCUACGCAGUAUGGGACUCGGACUUGAGUGAGAGAGACUCGAAUGAGUGAUGGAUGAUCUGUCACUCCCAAGAUGCACCUCCAAGAACCCCCCCUGCCUCUCUACUUUACCCCUGCUCCUUUCACACCCCUGAUCCCCUGAGCCCAUGUUGGAUGUCGUCACUCUCCACUCUCAAGCUCCAGAAAGCACUGACCAGCAAGCGCUUGACUUCUUCCAUCUCUAUGCUCGUUGAUAGGUGGAUCUGGCAUGGCACAAAAACAACAUAAAAAAACAACAUAAAAAACAGCUGGAUACGGAUGGAUACGUUGUCUCUCUGGCCGCUUGUGCCGUGCCUGGCAACACGAACUAGACAUGCGUACGUGGGAGGCAUGAUGCCUGCAUUCCUUGCCGUAGCCCGACAUCUUCUCAGCUGCCUUCAGCGGCUGUCUCUGUCUCUCACUCAAAUUCUCUCCCUUUCCCCCUCACUCAAGGCCUUCAAGCUCUCCCCAACCCCCCAACCCCCCCCAACUCCGAUACCCCAAACCUCCGGGUACAACAUCAGCUGAAGUCAAGCGCUGGAACAGGGACAGAGUUCUCCCCCACAGCGAUGAUCUCGUCGCUAAAACACCAGACCCAAGCAAGGGUGGGCGCCUCCACGGGUCCAAUUUACACUGCCAACUUUGGAACAUGCUAUUUUGCUUUACCGUCCGCCCUCGCCCUCACUCAUUCGCUGAUUCAAUCGGUGAGGGAUGGAUGGAUAGGUGGGUGGAUAAUCGAUCCGCCUCGAGUGAGGCAACACACUCACAGAACAACACACACCAUGCCAUGGUGAAUACGAUGUCGGAGAUGCGCGCUGCAGCGUCAGGUUUGAGCCUUGACUGCAGUCCAAUUCCCGCGGCUCCGGGGAAUCCAAAAGCUUUAACGUGGUUGGACAUUUCGACGUUUACAUCAGCCCCUUCAAUCUUGUUGCUUAUCUUAUUCCGCCCACUUUGCUGAUUGUUCCAAGAAAUGUCUGAGUCGUGAAUGCAUCCACCAUCAGACAGAAACCUCCA